AUAUUUUUCUUGCAUAAACCCGGUAAAUUUGAGGCUGAAGAGACACAUGAAAAAUGACUGAUCAAGAGAAUAUAACUGAAGAUGAAGCUGCAUUAUAUGAUAGACAGAUUCGCCUUUGGGGUUUAGAUGCUCAAAAACGACUGAGACACUCAAGAAUUUUAUUAAUUGGAUUGAGAGGUCUGGGAGCAGAAAUAGCAAAGAAUAUUGUUCUAGCAGGAAUAAAAUCUUUAACAUUGCUAGACCAAACAGAGGUAACAGAGGAAGAUACAUGCUCACAGUUCUUGAUUCCACAGUCUGAGAUUGGCAAAAAUAGAGCCAAAAGUUCAUUAGAAAGGACACAGCAGUUAAACCCUAUGGUUGAAGUGACAGCAGACGACAGCGAUCCUAAAGACAAACCAGACAGUUAUUUCAGUGAAUUUGAUGUCAUAUGUGCAACAUGUUGCACAUCUUCAUUAUUGACAAGGAUUGAUAAAAUUUGUGCUGAUAAGAAAGUGAAAUUUUUUGCUGGUGAUGUUUUUGGUUACUAUGGUUACAUGUUUUCAGAUCUUGGAGAACAUGAAUAUGCACAAGAAGUCCCAAAACCAAAGGAAAAGAAAUCUGACAUAGAUAGCGAUGAACCCUCGCCUAAAAAAGCCAAAGUCAAAGAUCACAAAACUGUUGUUGUGAAAAAAAAUGCAACUUUCACAAGGUUACAGCAUGCUCUAGAUGUGGAUUGGAGAACAGAUGAAAAUUCAAAGAAGAUAAGACGAACACCAAACACAUAUUUCAUAAUGCAAAUUUUACUAAAGUUCAUGGAGCAGAAUGGUAGAAGAGUUGCUCUUGGUUCAAGAGAAGAUGACAUUGUUGUUUUAAAUAAUAUUAGAAAUACUGUUUUAGAAGAUAUGAAAUUGAAUGAAAGUGUUGUAUCAAAAGAGUUCAGUAGUUACUGUUUUGCUGAACUAAGUCCAGUUUGUGCCAUAGUCGGUGGUGUUAUUGGACAAGAAAUCAUAAAGGCUGUAUCACAGAGAGAUUCACCACAUAAUAACUUCUUUUUCUACAAUGGUGUGAAUGGAGAAGGACUAGUGGAUAAGAUUGGUUAAAGAUUGUUUUAACCUCCAAUUUGGUUAGAGACUAUUUUGUCCUACAGUUUGGUUAAAAACUAUUUUGACCUGUAGUGAAGGAAUUGUUCCUGGCAGGAAUCAGUAUCAAGUCAGCAGCUAUGCUCGUUUUGAUGAAUAACAUAUGAAAAGUGCUGAAGAGUUGCAAAAUUUACAUAUGUAUUAAUGAAAUGUCACGAUGUAAAGGAAGAAAUAAAUGUUACUAUUUCA